GCAACCUUGCCGCAGGCUCAAAGCAUGGUUGUGAGUCGGCGUCGCUGAUCGAUCGCGUAGUGAAAUUGUCUCGGGCCUGCGUUUAAACUAAAAUAUUGCCAGUAACCGCAUCACACUAAUAAAGAAAAAUGUCAGACGACAAUAUUGAUGAUCAUCAAGACGAUUCAACUGGGGAGGGAGCUCCUAGAGGACGUGGUGGAUUCAGAGGCAGAGGAGGCUUCAGACCGCGGGGCAGCUUUGGUGCUGGGGGAUAUCGUGGUAUGGGUGUGAGCCGUGGUGGCUUCAGGGGAAGAGGAUUCAGGGGAAGUUCUGAAAGCUACAGAGGAACUUCAGAAAGUUACCGAGGUUUCCGUGGCAGUAGCAGGGGAUUCGACCGUGGCAGUAGUCGAGGAUAUGACCGUGGCAGUAGCAGGGGAUUUGAUCGCGGCAGUAGCAGGGGAUUUGACCGUGGCAGUAGUCGAGGUUAUGAUCGCGGCAGUAGUCGAGGAUUUGACCGCGGCAGUAGCCGAGGAUUUGACAGUGGCAGUAGCAGAGGAUUUGAACGCGGCAGUCACGAGCGUGGUGGCCGUGGCAGUGGAGGAAGUUUCGACAGAGGCUUCAGCAGCUACCGAGGCCAAGGUAUAUCUGAGCGAGGAGCUGCCGGAGGAGGGUUCAGAGGGCGUGGAGGGGACGCGCCCUACAGAGGACGUGGCACUGGAUCAUAUGAAUCAUCAGGCUUCAGGGGCAGGGGUGGUUAUGAAAGACCAUUCAGGAGCCGCGGAUCCUUUGAAGGAGGCUUCAGAGGACGCGGAGCUCCUCGUGGCCAGUCAUCAUACGAAGGUGGCAGCGGUGGCGGCUUUCAGAAACGGGGUUUCAGUGCGACUCGAGGCUCGUAUGGUGGACCUCCAGUCAAAAGAGCCAGAAUUGAAAGCGACUACUAUGCUAGCGAGGGCGGCGGUAGCAAUGGCGGUUACUCGUCCAGUGGCUACGAGGGUGGCUACAGCAGCAGCAGCAGGGGAGCAGACUACGCGCUGCCUGCCGCUCCCAGCGCUGGCGGCUACGACUCCUACAAGUCGGCAGGAUCCAGCUACAAUGGCUACAGUGGAAGCGGUGGUGGUGGUGGAGGCUACAGUAGCACUGGAGGUGGUGGAGCUGGUGGCUAUGGUGGUGGUGGUGGCUACGAACGUAGCUACAACAGCUCCAGCAGUUAUGGUGGUGGGGGAUAUUAGACUCCCCCUACCUGCCGACUCCACCACGGAACCUUGCUGUACUUGGACCGCCUGAAGCAUGAAUUGAGAGCUCCCACAAAUCCUUCUAGAAGCAAUGCUGAUAUGAAGCAUGGCACUGAAGAAAAUGUAAAUUAUGUAAUUAAGGCAAGGAUGAUGUGUAUGAAAUGCCCAAUUUUGUAUCGAUGACAAUUAGAAUUAAUGCCAUUAUUUUUACGACAAUUGAAGGACCUUCAGACUAUACUUGAAUAUUCCUCAUUAUUUGAUGUGGCCAAUUAUUGAGGUGUCGGUUAGACUUGAAAUUGUGCAUCAAAAAUUACGAGGUGAUAGGCUUAUGAAUAUCGAAUGUUUAAAGAAUGAUGAAUUAUCUGACCCUCAUCAAAUCUAACACUCGUAUCAUCUUUAGAGUUGAAUUUAAACUCUCUAAUGUAUCAGAUGGAGAGCGGCAAUGCCCAGGCUGAAGCGCUGUUGAAUUAUAUUCACCUGCGAGCAUACCUAAAAACUGAGUCCACUGGAGCCACAUAUGAGAGCUGAAUAAAACUUGGAUGGAAUUAGGAUUAUCUAAUUGAUGUCGGUCUAAUGUUUUUGUUGUCGACUAGUAUAGUUAGCAUGGGCAUUUAAGGCCCAUUUAUUCUCGUAGGUGAUAGUCACUGGCCCAAACGCUCCUCUAGCUUCAAUGUAACGAGAUUUAGUAAGCGUACUAUUGUAAGUACAAGAAAUAAAAUGUAAACAAAAUGAA